AAACCCGUUUUUUUUUUUUUUUUAAAUGAGCGUCUUCUGGUUGGAUGACGGCGAGUCUUAAAAGUUUCUUCAGGAUAGACCAGCUCCCUUCAGACGCAUCUGGACCACAGCAGCAGCAGGACCGAGUCAUGGAGACUUAAACCCACCAACCCAUGUACGCGACGGUGUCACUGGCUCUGUUUCCCGUGGAGAGCACCCGCCGCCCGCACACAUACACACACACACACGUACAGCCCCUCUCCCACCACGGUGAGAGCGCACAGCGGGUGGGGGAACCAAAAUGAACAUCCAGGUUGUGCCCGAACACAAGCUCUCGUCGGUGGCCCCGCUCAAGCAAUGCAACGUGGAGAAAAAGGAGGUCGAGCUCUUGCUGGUGAAGGACCAGAACGGCGUCCAGUACACCAGCUCGUCCAUCGCCCCGGCGCCCGGUCGACAUGCGGGGCCGCCCGGAUCCAUGUCCGAGGAGGAGCGGGAAACAUGGGGCAAGAAAAUUGACUUUCUGCUGUCUGUCAUUGGCUUUGCGGUUGACUUGGCCAAUGUCUGGAGAUUCCCUUACCUGUGCUACAAAAAUGGAGGGGGAGCCUUUUUGAUCCCUUACAUUCUUUUCUUGGUCAUCGCGGGAAUGCCAUUGUUCUACAUGGAGCUGGCUCUGGGCCAGUACAACAGAGAGGGGGCGGCCACCCUGUGGAAGAUAUGCCCCGUCUUUAAAGGUGUGGGCUACACAGUGAUCGUCAUUGCCCUAUACGUGGGCUUCUACUACAACGUCAUCAUCGCCUGGUCGCUCUACUACCUGUUCUCCUCCAUGACCGGAGAACUGCCGUGGCUCAAGUGCAACAACAGCUGGAACAGCCCCAACUGCACCGACCCCAAGGGCAUCAACGGAUCCGUCCUGGGCAACGGAACCUCGUACGCGAAGUACAAGAUCACGCCGGCGGCAGAGUACUAUGAACGGGGUGUCCUGCAUCUCCAUGAGAGCAGAGGAAUCGAGGAUCUUGGCCUCCCUCGCUGGGAGCUGUCGUUGUGCCUGGUGGUGGUGCUCUUCAUCCUCUACUUCAGCUUGUGGAAAGGCGUCAAGUCCUCGGGGAAGGUGGUCUACAUCACGGCCACCAUGCCGUACGUGGUCCUGUUUGUGCUGCUGAUCCGAGGAAUCACCCUGCCGGGGUCCAUGGACGGCAUCCGGGCGUACCUCCACAUCGACUUCAAGAGGCUAAACAAUCUGGAGGUGUGGAUCGAUGCAGCCACCCAGAUAUUUUACUCACUAGGCGCAGGAUUUGGGGUGCUCAUCGCGUUUGCUAGCUACAACAAAUUUGACAACAACUGCUACAGGGAUGCCCUGUUGACCAGUACGGUCAACUGCGUCACCAGUUUCUUCUCAGGGUUUGCCAUCUUUUCCGUGCUCGGGUACAUGGCGUACAAACACGGUGUGAAGAUAGAAGACGUGGCGACGGAGGGGGCAGGAUUGGUGUUCAUCAUCUACCCAGAGGCCAUUUCCACCCUCCCUGGCUCGACAUUUUGGGCUAUUGUGUUCUUCAUCAUGCUGCUGACUCUUGGCAUCGACAGCUCAAUGGGCGGCAUGGAGGCGGUCCUCACAGGCUUGACGGACGACUAUAAGAUCCUCAAGAGGAACAGGAAGCUCUUCACCUUCGCCACAGCCUUCGGGACCUUCCUGCUCGCCCUGCUUUGCAUUACAAAUGGUGGAAUCUACGUGCUGACCCUGUUAGACAAAUACGCCGCUGGGACCUCCAUCUUGUUUGCAGUGUUGAUCGAGGCCAUCGGGGUGUCAUGGUUCUACGGUGUGGACCGCUUCAGCGAAGACAUUGAGCGAAUGAUGGGAUUCAAGCCAGGACUGUACUGGAGGCUGUGCUGGAAAUUUGUCAGCCCAGCUUUUCUUCUGUUUGUGGUCAUCGCCAGCACGCUGACCUCAUCAGGCCUCAAGUAUGACGAGUACGUCUUUCCCAGUUGGGCCAACGUCAUUGGCUGGGGCGUGGCCAUGUCCUCCAUGCUGUUUGUCCCGUGCUACGCCGUGUACAAAUUCUGCAGCGUCCCAGGAACCUUCAGAGAGAAGCUGGCCUACUGCAUCACUCCCGAACACGAACAUCACUUGGUUGCAGAAGGAAACGUACGACAGUUUAAACUCAGGCACUGGUUGGCCAUUUGAUGAACACCCACACUCCUCGCAUCCAUCCAUCCAUCCAUCCAUCCAUCCUUGCAUCUGUCACUGUGGAGUCAACCAGGCAACGAGGCCGGGCCUUUCGCUUUUUGUUUUCGUAGCAUAACUUUUUAUUUUCAGCAGUUAGCUUCUAGCACUUGAUAUCAGAGAGUGGAAAACUCAUUAGAUAGCUGACACGUUAGAAAAUACCCUAAAUGCUCUAAUUAUACCCGAGGUGUGACUCAUCCACAAAGAGGACGAUAAAUUGGAAGCGGAGAGGCUGUUAUUAAUGAUUUGGCGUGCUUGACAAAAAAACCCAAAACAUAGCGGUCUUUGACCACCACAUGGCAAUUUGUUAACAACACAGCAGCAACAGAACCAAUGUUGUAAUAGUGUUAAGGUGCAAACUCAACCAGCAUCAAUACUGCUUGAGAGUUGAUUGUAAAGAACAGUGCCACAAGUGUGACACGAGUUUCCCACCAACCACAUUUCAAAGCGCAUGCAGAGGUAGAUAAAGCUGCCGGGUAUGGAUCACUCAUCAUACUUCAAAUGCAUCUGCUCCCAAUCUUGUUGGGUGGAUUAAAACAACAACAAAACAGAAAAAAGCGACAUUGCCUGCAGCCCUUUUUGUUUUUACCUGGCACUAAUAAAAGGCCCCGUAGUUAUUUGCUACCCGGCGAAUAUCGCAGACUUGGCCAUUUAUUGAAUAGAGGCGUUAAUUGGUGCAUUUAUGGUAAUUAUUUAUUUUUUUAAAUUCAAUUAACGUUAACAAUGUUGACUGUUAUCUCCUGGAAGGCACCGAAUCAAACAUUUAAACCAAAAGCUACAUUUUCUGUGUAUUUUUACACAGAAAAUCCACAUGUUAUUUUUUUCUAACCUGUGUGGAUGUUAUUUUAAGUUUUUUAAACAUUUCUAUUGAAUUUGUUGGGGUUUUUUUUGACUGUUUUGUUAUCAGUGCCUUAUCGAGUGAGACACUCCAUGUAUUUUUUCUUUUUACAGUGGUUAAAAACAAAAAACAAAACCAAAAAAAAAACACAAAAAAAAACCAACUGCUUUGACUCAGGAACCGGCAACGACAUAUACGGUAAAUAACCACAGCAAUCUUUCGUUUUCCAUCUUCAAGGUCCUUUUAAAGUCCAUACAAAGACAAAACAGGCCACCUUUGUUUUAGUGCCACACUGAACUAAAAAAAAAAAAAAGACAAGGGAAAAAAAUGCAUCACUCCAAAGAAGAAGAAAAAUAGCGAAUGAUUAUAAAUGGUGUCUUUUAUGAUUAUUAAUAGUGGUAUGAUUGUCUGUUCAGUGCCUAUGAGGACUAUGUGUGGCUCCAAGGAGGCGUAACAAGAGAGACUGUGUGAUUGUGUGUUUUUUCCACAAAGCAGGGUUUCCCAAAUGAGAUCCAGAACCUUACAACAACAACAACAACAAAAAAACAUAAUGUAUUGCCAUUACAUUGACAUAUUCUGUGCAUUAACUAAUGAUAAUUAGCACAACAGGUACCUAUUUGGUCAUGUCUUUAUUUCAUUAAACAAUUCAACAUGUCUGAAAGUUCUCCAUGUUUAUUCACCCCAGUGUUUAACAUGUUUUACCAUUUUUUAAAGUGAGAGAAAAAAAUAUAUUUAUGUUACCAGUAAAUUAAAAAAAUGGAUGUGUGACCCAUUUGGGCCCUUAACCUGCAAAUUGGGGAACCCUGCUAUAAAGUAAGCUGGAAUGUCUUUUUUUAUACAUAUAGUAUUUGCUUUUAAUGUAUGUGCAUAUGUUUUUAUCGCCAUAAAAGUGCCAUAUUGAAUAUUAAUCUGCUUUUUCCCCCCCUAAGUUAUUUUGCGUUGAUUGAAGGGAGUAAAAAGCCACAGAGUUAAAAUAACGACAACAAAAAAAGCUAUUAAAUGUGGAGUAUAUCAGAAGUUAUAAAAGUAUAUAUUCUUUUGUUAUAUCUAAUCUUGUAUUUAUCAAACAAUUUAUAACAGAAUGUGAAUGUAAAGUAUUUGAAAUGUUUUUCCUGUCAUAUCACGGUGUUUGAUGUGCUAGCUCCUGUUAAGAAGAUUAAGAAGUCAAACCGUUCUUCAGCGGAAUCCCGGGUGUUCACGGCUAACGACGACACCCUGGCUUUCCUGGACUAUGUUUAUAAUAAAUAGUGUGUAUAAUAAUAUACUAUAAUGUGACUGUUUGAACGUGAGUGACAAAUAUCUAUGAAGAAGUAUUCACACUAUGAUAAUAAAGUAUUUCUUCUACACCAACA